GGAGUACACGUAGAAAAAAGAAGAAAAUAGUAGCUGUGCGUAGAAAAGAUGAGGAAUAGUGGAAUACAUGCACAAAGAAAUUGUGCAUAGAAGAACAGAAGAGGAGAAGUUUGGCUUGUCGCCAAAGUAAAUUACUCGAAGCUCGGGGGGUCAAAGGUAAAAUUCCGGCGGAAGUUCCACCACAUAAUACUCGCACCGGUGCGAGUAUUAUACUCGGGAUUUUCCGCAGAAACAAACAAAUUUACGGGGUGAACUUGAAUUGCCGAAAAGUCGCACGCAGAACGAACGAGUCCCUCCUCUCCCCUUCCGUAUCUCUUUGUGGAAAUACCAGAGGGAAGAGGAGUCCUUUGGAUCUCUUAGAGGGAGAAAGAGAAUACCUUAAUCAUCUGACUGAGUGAAAGGGUUUGUCGAAUGGAUCAGAUCUUGAACAAGGUGGGAUCAUACUGGUUCAGCCAGAAGGCCAACAAGGAAAUCAACUCCGUCGGCGAUGACAUCAACUCAUUGUCAAACAGCAUCGAAGGAGGGACCAAGUGGUUGGUUAACAAACUCAAAGGAAAAAUGCAAAAGCCAUUGCAAGAGCUGCUAAAGGAGUAUGACAUGGCUGUUGGUAUCUUCCCUCGUGAUGCCACCAACUAUGAGUUCAAUGAAGAGACGGGAAAGCUUACGGUCUACAUACCAUCUAUUUGUGAAGUGGGCUACAGGGACUCGUCUGUAUUGCGUUUUUCCACCAUUGUAACUGGAUAUCUUGAGAAAGGUAAGCUGGCUGACAUAGAGGGAAUGAAAACGAAGGUGAUGAUUUGGGUAAAAGUAACAUCCAUCUCAUCCGAUGGUUCGAAGCUCCAUUUCUCAGCUGGGAUGAAGAAAAGCAGGAGCAGAGAGGUUUACGAGGUUCUUAGAGAUGGAAUAAGUGUAGAUAAGUUUUAAGAUGGUGAGAAACGAGAAUGUUUGUGUGAAUUAAAAAUGAGUAAACUUGUCAUCUCUGUGAAGUAGAGCUCUGUACCCUAUUGCUUGUACCCUUAUGCCAUUGGUUAUGUACUUAUCUAAGUACAAGCGCUGUUUCAAUUGAAAAAUGCAUGUUGGUUUUGACA